AUGCCUGCACCUCUCAUAAUAGUCGCUCUGAUCGUUGUCCCCCUGAUCUUGGGCGCAGGCAUUGCCUACGCAGCUUUCAAGGCCUGUCUCAAACGCAGCCUACCCGUCUGCCACACAGCAGAACCACGACGUUCUCCCCAGCCCAGGCCGCGCCUCUGGAAGCAACGAUUGGAGCUACGAAAUUUGAAACGUCCGGGCAAAGCACAUACCACAUUCCAGCGAUCGGGGUUCGCGGAUACCAUCGUCCCCGUACAUGUUGCGCCAGCUGUGCAACCGCUGGGCGGCGCAGACUUGGGAUCGCAGGAUGGGGUGAGUUAUCCGCGCCGGGGCCGACUAUUUCAAGAGAGGAAAGAUAUUGGACCACCACCCAGAGGCCAGGCACCGCCAAUUAUGCGCUACGGAUUCACGGGGCUACACGUCUCAACGUCCAAACCGUACACUGCAUCGGUAGAGGAGAGUGCCGCUCUUACUUCCCCUCGACCUCUUAUGGGACAGAAUACGCUGACAGAUGUACUUUCGCCAAAACCCCGGCAUACUGUCACGCCUACUAGCCCUUAUCAAGAUGCUCCUCUGACUCCUUACGAUGAAAGAGACAACAAAGCGGGCGAGAUCUGGGGGCGUACAAUAGCACGUCAGAAUGUGACCUCAGCGCAGACGACCAACCGGUCGUAUGAAGAGGAGCAAGUGGCCGGGUGCGAUAUUUUUGUCGUCGAAAGCGAUAAUGACGGGUGGGAUGACGGGGACACGGAGAAGGAGAAGCCAGCGGCCAAUGAGAAGUCGCCAGGUCGAAGCCUAUUGGGGCGUUUGAUGACAAGGAAAUGGUCUCAUGGUAGCUCGAGAACGCAGGAGGAAAGGCAGACGGACUUGGAGUAUGAUGAGUUUGUUAAUCCUUCGAACAUUAGUCUACCGAUCAGUACCGUAGGCACCGAGGAAGACACAUGGAAGACCUUGGCAGAUGCCACCGAUGACGAGCUCGACGACGAAGUACCCAACGGCCGUGAGACAAGAACGAGCUACGAAACCAAUCCGGAUACAUACAAAUUCAAAUUCGACUCCACAGCCAGAUCCAACCAGAAAACCCAGCACCAAACAGACACACAAGCCCACACGCAAAAGGCAAAAGCACCCAGCACCUCCCACACCACCACCACAUCAUCAACCUUCACCCACCCCUCCCGCCACACCCACAACCCAGAAACAAACCCGAUAGCCCCACCCUCAACCCCUCUCCGCCCCCUCCCCCUCACCCGCGCCAACACCUUCACAACCCGCCAACCCCGCCCCUUCUUCCUCUCCACCCACGCAACCCCCCCAAAGCGUUCGCGCAGCCAUACAGGUGCCCACCCCAGUCCCACGCAACCUGCCGCACCCCCAUUGCGGAACUCGCAAGACGCAGAUGCCACGUGCGCGGUGGCUUGGGAAACGGGGGCGCAGAUACACGACGAUUCGUCUGAUUCUGCGUCUGUGUAUUCUGUGGCUUCGACGGGGGAUGGGCGGGUUGGGGCGGGUGAGGAGUCGCAGCGGACGUCGUGGGCUAGUUCUGCGGCGGGGGGUGGGGGGCGGAUGGAGGGGGAGGGGGAUAAGGGGGGAGGAGAGAAGCCGAAGGCCACCGACCCUACAUGUAUCCAGGAUUACAAAAGUCCAAAUAAUGUGACCAUGACCAGGGAAUAUAACACACGCCGCGCAUUUCCAUACGCCAAAGCAGAACAAACAACGCAUGGCAAGGAACAAACACAUUCAAGUACAUGGUAA